UCAAUGCCUACUUUUCCGGUGGAGUCACCUCCUUCCGGUCACCGGAAAACUCAAUACACAAUAAAAACCAAUGGUGUUUCUUAUGAGGUAUCUCCAUCUUAUUUUAGUUAUAGAUUUAAAGUUAACCACACCCAAAAGAAGCAGAUUUUGAAGGAUGUUAAUUGCGAAAUCAAACCGGCGGCGAUCACCGCGGUUGCCGGUCCAAGUGGUGCCGGAAAAUCCACAUUGCUCGAGAUUCUAGCCGGCGUUAUUCAUCCACGCAGAAUCUCCGGUCACGUGGUUGUCAAUGACCAACCGAUGAAUCCGACUGUUUUCCGGCGAGUUUCGGGGUACAUUCCCCAAGAAGAUCUGCUCUUUCCACUUCUUACGGUGGAAGAAACGCUACUCUAUAGCGCGCGGUUAAGGCUCCAGGGUGGACUUGCUAACGCGAAAAAACGCGUUAGCAAGUUACUCUUGGAGCUGGGGUUGUCCCACGUAGCUGGAGAGAGAAUCGGUGGGUUCUCUAGUAGAACCAACCGAGGAAUCUCUGGUGGUGAAAAAAGAAGGGUGUCUAUAGGGGUUGAUCUAGUCCAUGACCCUGGGGUUCUCCUCAUGGACGAACCCACAUCGGGUCUGGACUCGACAUCCGCUUUACAACUGAUGUUAAUGCUCAAGACCCUCGCUAAAGAUCAUGGGAAAACGAUCGUGUUAACCAUUCACCAACCCGGGUUUCGGAUUCUUGAACUGUUUAAUCAAGUUGUGUUGUUAGUUGAUGGAACUGUGGUUCAUCUUGGCUCGCUUGAUCAACUCGAGCACCGGCUCAAACUUGCUGGUCAUUGCAUCGCUAACCAUGUCAAUGUGCUCGAGUUUUCGAUUGAGAUGAUUAAGACCCUAAACAUCACGGAUGUAGAACUCGAGUCUGGUUUCGAUAUGGUUGCUGAACUAUUGGAUGAUCGUGUAAAUGAUGACAGGUACCAUCGGUUUAAGUAUGCGAAUUCACAGUUAACGGAGAUGGUGAUCUUGAGUGAAAGAUUUUGCUACAACAUUUUCAGAACGAAAGAUCUUUUAAUGUCAAAAAUGGUUCAAUCGGUGGUGGUUGGGAUCUUGUUAGGGACAACCUUCAAGAACGUUAACAGGUUCGAAAUGCAAACUCAACUUGGCUUCUUCGCAUUUAACUUGUCGUUCUUGAUCUAUUCAUCAUCAGAAGCUUUACCUAUUUUCUUGGAAGAACGAAAAAUUCUAAUGAAAGAAACCUCGAUUGGUGCAUACCGUGUCUCAUCCUACAUUUUAGCGAACACACUUGUGUUCAUCCCGUUUCUUUUGAUCGUGGCUCUUUUGUACGCGGUCCCAACCUAUUGGCUAGUCGGCUUACGAGGAGAUAUAGACGGGUUUCUAUACUUCUCGCUAGUUGUUUGGUUAGUCUUGCUGAUGUCCAACUCUUUCGUUGCAUGUUUUAGUUCACUUGUUUCUAGCUUCAUGGUUGGGAUUGCAUUAUUGGAGGGACUCAUGGGUACGUUCUUUUUGUUCUCGGGGUACUUUAUAUCAAAAAACGACAUACCCGGGUACUGGAUUUGGGUGCAUUACUUGAGUCUUGUUAAGUACCCGUUCGAGUCGUUUUUGAUUAACGAGUUUGGGCGAGAAAGUGGACGGUGGAGGUGUUUGAAUCGGCAUGAAGACGGUUGUUUGAUGAAUGGUGAAGAGUUCUUGAAGAAUCAGAAUCUAGAGGAUAUACAAAAAUGGUAUAAUUUGGGGAUCAUGUUAGUGUUCAUUAUUGGGUAUAGGUUUCUUUCGUUAUUGGUGUUAUAUUAUAGAUCUUAUAAAAGUAGAAACUAAAGAAAGAAUCAAUCUUUAUAUGUUGUGAA